CUUUGCAAGCAUUGGUGUCCAAAGUGGGCGCAUUGCAAAGCUCAAAGAUUCACAGGGCGCAGCGAAUGGGCCAAGCGGCUGGGAUGACCAAGCUCACCAUGCUAAUCCAGGCCAGUAACUUCCUGCUUGGGUGGAGUAUGGCACACUCCAAGGUGACGAUGGAUGAGCUCAGCACGCGGCCACAGAAGUUCUGCGAUCAGCUGAAAGACCGAGGAGUUGCCAUAGUGCAAUGCAACUUGCAGAGGCGACGAGCUGCUUUGGAUUGGCUUGAAGCGCAAGAGGGAAACCCUUCUGAAGCGGUUGAAGCGGCUUUUUGUUCAGGAGUGGCCAGAUGUGAAGAUGUGGCCUUUCCCCGGCGCUUGCGGCGCAUUGAUCUUGUUCCAGAUGAGUCCAGAACGACUUCGGGUGGCACAGAGGUCUUAGGCCUCGCAGGAGAUUUGCACCAGGUGGCCUUGAGCUGUUUGAACGCGAUCGCUGAACAUGAAGAGCUGGCACUCGAACAUUUAGUGGCACCGGAGCGCCUGAAUGAGGCCAAGGUGUCUCGUCCUGUUCCCGCUCCGGCACUUCGAGGAGCCCAGCCUCUUACGUGCCAACCUUUACAACUCCCAGGAUGGAGGCCAAACGUGCCAGGCGCGGGCGGUCCUUGCUGGCAUGUGGAUUUAGGCCUGCUGACUGUGAUGCCGGUGGGAUCCUGGCCGGCGAUGAUGGUUUCUCCUUUUCACUCCAACGUCGGUGAGAACGCCUUUGUGGAGGAGCUUCUUGAUGCCGAAAGCGACGUCCUGGUUUUCGCGGGCACCGCCUUAGCGAUCGCCACGGCUGGGCUCUACACAGCGCUGGUCCACGGGGUCUCUGCCGCUCGCCUCCGAAGAGGCCUACGUAUUUCUCUACCAUAUUUCCUACGGGUUCGGCGCGGUGGCAUCAUUGAGCCACCAGCAGCGGUCACCAACACCCCUUUGGCUUGCCUCUAUCCUGCAGCGGUGCAGCCAGGAGUUGCAGAGCCACCGAUGUUGGAUCUUUUGCGAUUUCACCGAGACUACUACGGGAGACUUUGCACUCGUGGCCAAGUCGUUUCGGUUGGUGAACUCGCAGAAAAUCCAGCAUUGGCCGAGCAAGUGCGGAGCAACUUUUACACUGACUCCAGCAGUGGCUCUUGAUCGAACUGCCUGGCAGGGUUGAUCAGAAAAGGUGGUAUUAUUGUAUUGCAGGACCUUCAGCAGUUGCUGUGACGUUUCUUCAAGUUGAUGUGAACUGCCC